CAGAUCACCGUGGAGAGCCUCGGCACCGCCAACGCCAGCGUGUCGGUGGAGAUGCUGGCGUCGUUCACGGCCUGCAGACCAGGAAGCACCAGUUCAUUCCUUAACUUCAGCAGCCUAAACCAGAGCCAAACUGGUCCCAGGCCAGGUAGCCCAGGAGCAGCAGGGAGCUCCUCUCUGGCUACAGGAGAGGCUUCAGGCAACGCAUCCAGCCAGAGGAGCUUCUGCCUGCAGACCCAGCCCAUCGUCCGGGAGGACCUGGACGUGGUGUCCGUGCGCUACAGGCUCCUCAACGGCCCCAGCGUGCCCGUGACCUCCCUCUCCCCGACCCUCCUCCUCCUCAACCUCAACACUGGCAUGGACAGCGGGGGCUCCCUCGUGGUCAACCUCCUGCUCAACAAGACGUCCGUGGGCCUGGCCAACGCCACGGUGGCCGCGUGCGUGAGCGCUGCCUCGCCCGUGCUCUCCCUCAACGCCACCCAGAACUGCAGCACAGCUUUUUUCCAGGGCUACCCUCUGAGCAUGAGGACGUCCUCUGCGGAGGCGAUGCUGAUCGUCCUGUACCCACAGACAGACGUCUGGUUCCUCUCCCUGCAGCUCAUCUGCCCGAAGGGCCAGGGCGGGUGUGACGGCGCGGAGGCCAAGGUGACAGUCUUUGCAUACCUCACCCCCUGCUUCAACGACUGCGGGCCCUACGGACAGUGCAGCCUGCUCCGGAGACACGGCUACCUCUACGCCGGCUGCAGCUGCAAGGCGGGUUGGGGCGGGUGGAGCUGCACGGAUGACGCCAAGGCCCAGUCUGUCGGUGCUCAGAACCUGGCCACCCUCCUGCUCACCCUCAGCAACCUCAUGUUCCUGCCAGCAAUAGCAGUUGCCACUUAUCGCUACUACCUGGUGGAGGCCUCUGUCUACACCUACACCAUGUUCUUCUCCACGUUCUACCACGCGUGUGACCAGCCGGGCAUCGCGGUGCUGUGCAUCAUGGACUACGACACGCUGCAGUACUGUGACUUCCUGGGCUCCGUGGUGUCCAUCUGGGUGACCAUCCUCUGCAUGGCCCGCGUGAAGAAGAUCCUGAAAUACGUCCUUUUCAUCUUGGGGACUCUGCUAAUCGCCAUGUCCCUGCAGCUGGACCGCAGGGGGGUGUGGAACAUGAUGGGCCCCUGCCUCUUUGCCCUCGUCAUCAUGAUCGCGGCGUGGGUAAGUGAGGGCAUGAAGCGCAGCCACUUCUACCCCUCCUCGUGGAAGCGUUGGGUUUUCUACCUCCUCCCAGGGAUCACCUUGGCUUUCAUUGCCAUCUCAGUAUAUGCAUUCAUGGAAACCAAUGAGAACUACUACUACACCCACAGCAUCUGGCACGUGCUGGUGGCCUGCAGCGUCGCUUUCCUCCUCCCUCCCCGGGACAAGCAUAAGAAACCCUGGGCCUGGUCCCAGAAGCUCACUUGCCGCUACCAGAUCUGCCAGAACGACCGUGAGGAGCUCUACGCCGUGACCUGA